AUGGAUGGUUGCUGGUUUCAUAAGUUCAAGUCAAACAAGGAUAAAAUGCAGUCUUCAAAAAACAAGGAAACUGCAAGCGUUGUGAAAGAAAGGUCAAAGCCCCCAACAAAUGACGAAGCUCCUUCAAAUGUCACCGUACAGAAAGUUGCAGCUGCAAAGCAGUACAUAGAAAAUCAUUAUAAGAAGCAGAUGAAGAACCUGCAGGAGAGAAAAGAACGACGUAAUAUGCUCGAAAGAAAGUUGGCUGACUCUGAAGUCUCCGAGGAAGAGCAGAACAACUUGCUUAGGUUUUUUGAGAAAAAGGAGAGGGAAUACAUGCGACUUCAGAGGCAUAAGAUGGAUGCUGAUGAUUUUGAGCCCCUGACUAUGAUAGGGAAGGGUGCAUUUGGAGAGGUCAGAAUCUGCCGAGAGAAGGCAACUGGUAAUGUAUAUGCUAUGAAGAAGCUUAAGAAAUCAGAGAUGCUUCGCCGAGGCCAGGUUGAACAUGUAAAAGCCGAGAGGGACCUACUUGCAGAAGUUGACAGCAAUUACAUUGUAAAGCUUUAUUGUUCCUUUCAAGACGAAGACUGUUUAUAUCUUAUAAUGGAGUAUCUUCCUGGUGGUGAUAUGAUGACAUUGCUCAUGCGGAAGGAUAUACUGACAGAGUAUGAGGCCAGGUUCUAUGUUGGGGAGACUGUCCUAGCUAUAGAGUCUAUUCAUAAACAUAAUUAUAUUCAUAGAGAUAUCAAGCCUGAUAACUUGCUGCUAGAUAGACAUGGUCACAUGAAAUUAUCAGACUUUGGAUUAUGUAAACCACUAGACUGCAGUAAUCUUCAGGAAAAGGACUUCUCUACUGGAAUCAACAGAAGUGGAGCCCUUCAGAGCAAUGGACAACCUGUGGCUCCUAAAAGGACCCAGCAGGAGCAGCUGCUGCAUUGGCAGAAAAAUAGGCGAAUGCUUGCCUAUUCUACAGUAGGAACACCUGACUAUAUUGCCCCUGAAGUUCUCCUGAAGAAAGGAUAUGGCAUGGAAUGUGAUUGGUGGUCUUUGGGAGCUAUAAUGUAUGAAAUGCUUGUGGGAUAUCCACCCUUUUAUUCAGAUGAACCAAUGUUAACUUGUAGAAAGAUAGUCAAUUGGAGAAAUUAUUUAAAAUUUCCAGAAGAAGCUAAACUAUCAGCAGAGGCAAAGGAUCUUAUUAGUAGACUCCUAUGUAAUGUGGAACAGAGGCUUGGAACCAGAGGGGCUGAUGAAAUAAAGGCUCACCCAUGGUUCAAAGGUGUUGAAUGGGAUAAAUUGUACCAAAUGAAAGCUGCUUUUAUUCCUGAGGUCAAUGAUGAAUUGGAUACUCAAAAUUUUGAGAAAUUUGAAGAGGUGGACCGCCAAUCUCAACCUUCCUCAAAAUCAGGCCCGUGGAGAAAGAUGCUGUCAUCUAAGGAUGUUAACUUUGUUGGCUACACAUAUAAGAACUAUGAAAUCGUGAAUGAUAAUCAUCUAUCUGGAAUGGCUGAACUGAAGAAGAAGAGCACAAAACCUAAACGGCCAUCUAUUAAGACCCUAUUUGAUGAUGAUUCGGCUACGAGUGCCAAUCAACCUGGCCAAGGGAGCUACUCAACAGGAAGUUCCAGAGGAAAGUGA